AUGGCACACAAACCAGGUCUCACACCCCACGACGGCACCACCCCAGCACUCCGGAAACAACGUCCAGCGCCCACAAAACACAACGGCACCACCUCGCCCACGAAAACACCCCACCCAGCACCCACGAUGGCUGCCCAGCACCCACGACAGUGCACAAUGGCACACCACAUCCACGAAAACUCCCCACCGCCCACGAAAACGCCCCAGCGUAUACGAAAACAACACGCCGCCCACGAAACGAAGCCCCAGCGCCCACGUACACCACCAACGGACGCGAAACAACACCCCGCGGACAUGAAACAGCGCCCAGCGCCCACGUACACCACCAGCGCCCACAAAACGACGCCCAGCGCCCAUGCCAACGCCUAA